UUUCCCUGUCCUCUCCUUCCUUCGUUCAUUGCCCACCGAUUCGAUUCUCUCUCACUAUUCACACACAGCUCCUCUCUCCCUAUAUAUACACAUUGAUGCAGAUCUCGCCAUUCCUGUGUUGUUUAGCUUCACGCCUCCGAUUCUCAGCGCAAUAAGAGAGGAGGGAGGAGGAAAGGGAAAGCGAAACAAACAAAGAUUCGGUUUCAUUUAUAGGAAGAAAAAAAAAGGGGGAAGAGGCCGAAAAUGGGGUCGGUUCCGGCGGAACUGAGCUUGGAUUUCAGGACGAUGUCGGCCAAGUUCGUCCCCAAGACGAUCGGAGAUUUCCUGCAGAACGCUUCGCCGGCCACGAUCGCCGAUGCGCCGGAGAAAGCUCCCAGAGUUGAAAGCUUGUUGAGGGAGCUGCAGGAGGAGAUGAAGAAGAUCGACGCCUUCAAGCGCGAGCUCCCUCUCUGCAUGCUCCUCCUGAAUGAUGCCAUUGUAGUUGUGAAGGAAUCGGUCCAGCGCUGUGCUACUAGUAAGCAACCACCGGUGUUGGAGGAAUUUAUUCCAUUAAAGAAGAGCUGCGAAGAAGAUGAAGCUGAACGCAGAGAGAACACUAGGAUUAAAAAUGACAAGGAUUCCUCCUCUAAAGACAAGAAAAGUUGGAUGAGUUCUGUCCAAUUAUGGAGCUCUGAUGAUCAAGUCACACCCGCUAGUUUUGAUGCUAAACGAAAUCUCAGUCUUGAAUCUUCUAAGGCAAACAAGAAGGUGAAUCGAUGUGGAAAUGAGGAUGCAUUUUUCUCAGUUUGUAAAAACCGGGGUCUGGUUACUUUGCCAGUCAAGAAUUUUCCUAGUUUAUUAACAAGGAAAGAAGACAAUGGCAGAGGAGAUGAUUUGGGGGUUCCUGGUCUAUCUCUUCUAACUCCGGGAAUCAAGAACUCUUCUGAGGAUUCUGGGUCAACCGGUUCAAGGGCUACCUCUUCUGCACCUAAUUCCCAGUCUAAUAAUUCACAUAAAGGAGGACCACACUCACCUUUCCAGGCUUCUAGGAAGCAGAGGAGGUGUUGGUCACCGGAGCUUCACCGCCGCUUUGUGAAUGCUUUGCAGCAACUUGGAGGCUCUCAAGCUGCUACACCAAAGCAGAUAAGAGAGAUUAUGCAAGUUGAUGGUCUGACCAAUGAUGAAGUGAAGAGCCAUUUGCAGAAAUAUCGACUGCAUACACGGAGAAUGGCACCGGGUGGCAACACUCCUGCAAACCAAUCUGUAGUUGUUUUGGGGGGUUUAUGGAUGUCUUCACAAGAGCAGUAUGGAGACUCCUCAAAGGCUGCUAGUUCCCAGUCUGGUUCUCCGCAAGGCCCCCUCCAGUUUGGUGGAACCCUGACCGGAGGAGAUAGCAUGGAAGACGACGACGAUGCGAAAUCAGAGAACUAUAGCUGGAAGAGUCAUACUCCAAGAUCAGGGAAAGUUGGUGUAUAGUGUGUCUGUCUCCACGCCACGGGAUUUUUUUUGCAUCGGUAAAAGUAUACAUGGGAAGAAGAUUAAUAUAUGGGUUAUAAAUAAGAAGAAAAAUACUAUGAUCGUGAUCAUGAGGAGGAGGACGACGAAGAAUUGCAGAGGAAGGAAGCCGUGGAAAUUUUUGCAGGAUUAGUGUUUUUUGUUUUUUUUUUUAUAUUUCUAUCUUGAGGUUGAGCAUUUGUAUUGUAUCGUGAAAUUGGUAUAGCAAUAUUCUAAAGAUCCAUGUCUUCCAUGGACAAAAGAAACCCAGAAAAAAAAAAAAAAAAAAAACAAGAGAAAAGAGAUGAAGGGGUUGGCUUAUAUAUUCUUAUAUUAUCAUCCCAUGCAGCUGUGUUGUUGACUCCUGUAGUGUGUCCAUUACUGGAGUUGGUGCUGCUGAAACCUUUGACUGCCAAUUCCCCAGAAGAUGACUCAAGACUGCUGGUGGGUUGAAAAUGGAGUUUUUCCCAAGUGAUUUCUCCUCCUGUUUUGUGGAAACUUGAGGCUCUGUAUCCCAGAAACUUUACAUGGUGGAGAAUGAUGAGAAUUGAGUAGGCUGAACCUGAAACUGAAAGUCACGCUGUUAGAUUCCAAGAAAAGGUCAUAUUAUGUACUUUCUGUUGCCAUCUUGCCAAGGGCUAUUAUUGAAACAGCAAAUUGGAGAAUAUUCUCACAAUUAUGAAAUUUCAACCUCUUUGGCCCCUCAAUUUGGAUGGUCCCCUUUGGAUUUUUCCCAUCCUCUUCACAUCCGUCAGGUAUUGACAAACAAGUUUCACAACACCCUUUCUUUCUUUCUUUCUUUCUUUCUUUCUUUCAUCAUUUUGGAGCUUUGUUCCUUCCUUCUCCUCUCUAUCUCAAUUGAGAUUUGAGAGGGAAUGCUUUUGCCUUGCUCUGCUUUUGUCUGUUGUUGUAUGGAAUCUUUCUGCCUUUCCUUCCUGCCGAGGGAAUUCGUAAAAAAGGAACAUCUUUUUU